AUGUCUUCACUUCUGGGCGUGCCAGCACUCCUGCGAUUACCCCCUGCAGUCCGCGCCAGAGCAUAUGCCGCUGCAGCAACCGCCGCUUCAGACCCAUCGUCGACAGCAACACUCCCUCCUCCCUGGCGGCCCGCAAAUGUCCUGGACGAGUGGGUAUCACGGGAAGCAAGGCCCAUCAGUCUGCGGCAACUCACCUUCUUUGGACGCACUCUCACCGAAGACCGCCUCAUCAGCUCUGCCAACUAUGUGCGGCUCGAACUCCCCACCAGGAUCGCGCACAGACUGCGCAACAUGCAAACCCUUCCCUACUCGGCCGUGACAAAUCAACACAUCAGCCAUGUCUAUGAACUGUACUACAAUGCCUUUGAGCGUUUUCGGAAAGUCCCUGAGGUCCGUUCGCUGGAAGACAACGAUCAGUUCUGCGAUGUGAUCAAAAUGACCCUCAACGAACACCUUUCGGUCAUCCCUCGCUUGGCUAUGGGGAUUCUGGAGAUACAGGAUUCAGUGAGCGGUGGAGAGUGUGAUCGGUUCAUGACUACGCUGUUGCGCUCUCGGAUCAGUCGUAGAGUGAUUGCUGAGCAGCACUUGGCGUUGACAGAGACGUUCCAUUCGCCCUGGCAUUUUCCCAACGCAAAGAAGCUUCCAGGCGGAGAGGAGGAGUUUGUUGGCGAGAUCUUCCUCAAAUGCAACGCGAAGGAGAUCAUCGAAAAGUGCGCCAACAUGGCACGCGAGCUGUGCUCUCAGGCCUAUGGACCUCAAGUUGCGAUACCAGAGAUUGUCAUCCAGGGACAUCUGGACACCACCUUUCCCUACAUCCCAUCUCACCUCGAAUACAUCAUUGGAGAGCUACUUAGGAACAGCAUCCAAGCGAUGAUCGAACAGAGAGGAUCCAGCAAUCCACCGGCAAUCGAAGUGUUGAUAUGCGAGGCAGCUCAGCAUGUCAUCAUACGCAUAUCUGAUCAAGGGGGCGGCGUGGAUCGAGAAGUACUGCCCUACCUCUGGUCAUUCGCAAAGGGUCCGCGGCGGAACCAUCGCUUGAAGAAUCUUGGUCAGGUGCCAAGGCUGGCGGCAACGAUGCAAGACAUCAAGCCUAUACCACAGGAGAUUGACAGGAGCGGAGGACCUUCUGGCGACAAAUUUGGCAAUUCGCUAGCUUCCCUGUCUGGUCGACCGCCGGAUCUGAAACUUGGUAUGGGGCUGCCCAUGUCCAAGAUCUACGCAGAUUACUGGGCAGGCAGUCUGGAAAUCCACAGUCUUGAGGGCUAUGGCUGCGAUGCGUUCCUGCAGAUUAGCCGGCUGGGCAACAGGAACGAGGUAGUGAGCACGAGGGCUGCCAUGGACGCCGUCUGA